AUGUUCUGGUUGGGAGUAACUCUCCUUUUAAGCAGUUUUUUAACGAUUACAUAUUCACAAACAAGCUGUUAUCCGAUUCAAUAUUCACCGUAUUCCGGCUACAAAGAUAAACACGCUAUGAUAUUCUAUGUCGAACAGUUUCAGGAUCUUGCCGAUCAGAUUGCCUGCCAAUUGGAAAGUUUGGAAAUUGAUUAUAGUCGUGAAGUACUCUUAAAACCAAACGAUAUUAAGCUUUAUGAAGUCUGUAACAAUAGCGAUUUUCUUAAUCAUACCAGCACGUUGCACAUUACCGUAACCAUUACAAUGGCCUUGAAAAUCGAAGAGAUGUGCCGAAAUGAUGUGGUCUUGUUGCAUAUGAAGCAAAUAGAUAAGAAAUGGUUGGGUCAUGUCAUAACCCCUCGAACUGAUAUGAUCAUACCACUCGUAAGUGAAGAUGGAGAACCGAUGUUUGAUUCGCUUAUGAUUCUAAUGGAGACUGUAGCAAUGGCCUGGGGACCAUUAUAUUUCACACCAGAUAAAUCCAAGUACAAAUCAUUGAAACUAAUCGAAAAGGCAGUUAAGAGUAAACUAGUUCUUGUGCCAUCAUUAGCUGUUUGCAUGGUGUUUUUGGUUGGUGUUGUUGGAGUAAUAAGCUUUUUUGCAAAGAGGAAGAAACAAAAGGCGGAAGAGAAAAGUUUGCAAAAACGAAAAUCUUUUCUACUAGCUGAAUGGGGUGAUGAAAAUUUUCAGGGAACUCCUAUGUGGAAUAUUGAAGGAGAACCUUUAUUGGCACCGAUUGAUAUUAAACUGAGUAGAGUGUUUACCUGGACCAAUAGGAUGAAGAGUUAUUACAUCAAAAAAAUCACUGAACAUGAGGCACGUGAGGCAUAUUGCAACCGACAGAAAUAUAAGUCAUCAUGGAUACUAUCCUGCAAAUUUCCGCGUCAUACUCGACGCAUGACCAGCUAG